AUGCGCUUGCGCGAUGAUCCCGCUCCAAUAAACCCAACAACUCGACCGUCCAGGAAACGUAAAUCGCCGCCGGACGCCAAUGCGGGGGCUCAGAACCCGCCGCCGCCGCCUCCACCGCCACAGCAGCAGCAACAACAACAUCAACAGCAACCGCCACCACAACUACAGCAACAACCCUCAGUUAUGCAUGUCCUUCCCCCUCCCCAUGUCAUGAUGCACCCACCGCACCUGCAAGCGCUGCAUUUUGCGCAAUAUGCACCCACCGACUACACGCCAGGCGGCAUGCCACCGCAAGGGAUCCCGCCUCAGCAACCUGAUCAGCAGCAGCAACAACAGCAACAACACGGCUCCCAAUCGCCCCCACCCUCGGCUAACGGAGGACGCCCGUUGAGCAAUAGUAAACGUGCAGAGCAGAAUAGAAAGGCCCAGCGCGCAUUCAGGGAACGUCGCGACCAACAUGUGAAGGCCCUUGAGAGCAGAUCGCAGCUGCUUGAUGCAGCCCUUGCUUCGGCCGAUGAAGCCAACAGACGAUGGGAGGAAUGUCGCGCGUUGGUGGACCAACUUAGAGUCGAGAAUGCAGCUCUUCGUGCCGCGUUGAGCCAGGCGCAGAUUUUACCACCGGGUAUCAAUCCUUCCUCGCUGCCGAUGAACCCAUCAGGGAACCCAGGUCUUCCCAGCAACGGACCCACCAUGGCCGAAGACUCUUCGAAGACUGAUGCGUCGAACGCGAAUGCAUCACAGAUGAAAGACGGGUCCGAAUCCCAACCUAACGCAGAUGGCACUACCGAACAAGGUUAA